AUGAUCAAAAUUGCCACCAUAAAAGACUUUACUGUGUUGAGACCCACUGUUGCCAUUGUGAUAUUCUGUUGUUUCUUCACUUUACCUUCAUUUUGCCCUUCACUUGCCACACCAAAGACCAACACGCCACGCACUCUUCUUCAUCUUUCCUUUGCGUUGUGUUUACUCUUUCCUCCCCGCUUUAUUUACAGCCUAAUAACCUCCAAGUUGCGUUUCUCCCAAGUGUCUGUCAUCCCAAGUGUCUGUCAUCCCAAGCGUCUGUCGUCCCUUGGGUCGUCAUCCGACGACAGCUGCAUCAUGUCUUCGAUCAUGCUGUCAAAAUUGCUUGGGAAGCGCAAGGCUUCGACAAACCUGAAGUGCGAUGGCCUUAGGCCCGAGCCUUGCGCUCUAUGCAAGGCCAUGGGGAAGUCUGCGGUUGACUGUCGAGAGGUUCCCGAGGAGCAGGUAGAGCUUGCCGAGCAGACUCUCAGGAAGGUCCGGGCCCGUACUAUCGGCUGGCAAAUUGAUGUUGUUGCGUUGGACAAAGCAAUACGGCGUUAUGAUCCUCGUCCGGCCAAGUCCCCUUCCUAUACGGGAAGCUCUAGCCCAAGCUCUCGUUCAAGCUCGGAUUUAAGUUUUGUCACAGGGUCUGGCUCAAGCUGUGGUCGAAGCUGUGGCUCAAGCUGGGAUCUAGCCUGUGAUCUAGACUGGGUUCCAGGCUCGGGUUCAAGCUCGGAUUCGGAUUCGGAUUCAAGCUCUGGUUCAAGUUGUGGUCUUGAUGCGGAGAACCCUACUGUGGCUGCCCAGCAGUCUUCAAGGGGGCUCUCUACCUCGUCCGACAACCCCGUGACGUCUGAACCGACUACGUCUUGCAUGCAGCCAUUGUCCUACGGGGAACUCAUCGGCAGUCACGACACCAGCUUCGACCCAGAACUUGCUCCUUUAAUCGUCAGCACUGUGCCUUCUGAAUCGUCUUACGCAAAAGAUGGUGAUCUUAUUGGAGCGCCUAUCUGGAGAAGUCCCGAAGCGCAGCUCCGAUUGUCCUGGGACACAUCAACAGAUAUAUGGUCGUUUGGUGCAUUACUUACCACGUUGCUCUAUGGGGAUAAUUUCUUUAUUUUCAAACCAGAUGUUCCUGCUGAUGAUGAUCAAUACGAAUUGGCAAUCCUUCAGAAACAAUGCGAGUUCUUCGGCCCAUUUCCCUUGACAUAUCGAGAACUUUGCUCUCCAGAGACGUUGAAUAUUCUCGUACAUGUCAUGCAAAGUAUCCCUCCAGAAAAAAAGAAGCCGUUUACUCAAAUUACAGAAUGGGAGAUAUCUGCAGACGACAAAGAAUUUGUUCUGAAGAUAAUGAAACUUGACCCGAGGGACCGACCGUCAGCAGCAGAGCUUCUACAGGACAAGUGGUUCCAUGGCGCAUAA